CCAUAUCUAUUCUCUCUCUUCCUGCUUUUCAUCCAGAUCCUUCUUCUCACCUGGGCACCGCAGCCGAAGAAAGAAAGAAAGAAAGAUGGGGAAAGGCCAGUCCUUCAAGCAACAAUUCACUCCCGAGAAAAGACUCCAAGAAUCGCAAGACAUGAUUGCCAAAUAUCCUGAUCGUUUGCCUGUGAUUGUGGAAAGAUAUUCAAAAACUGAUCUCCCCGAGAUGGAGAAAAAGAAAUACCUGGUACCACGAGACAUGCCUGUUGGGCAGUUCAUCCAUAUCUUGGGUGCUCGGCUUCAUCUGCCUCCUGGCAAGGCUCUGUUUAUAUUUGUCGAGAACACCUUGCCACAAACAUCUGCCUUAAUGGAGUCCGUCUAUGAAUCGUUUAAAGAUGAAGAUGGGUUCUUGUACAUGUGUUACAGUAGCGAGAAAACCUUCGGCCAUGAAUCAAGUCGACCAUGUUAACAUUCUGUACAUUCGUCUGAUGAUACAAUGUGUGCAAAAAUAGUUCAUGAACCUUAUUUGGAGAUGUGGUAGAAAUAAAAACCAUAUGAUAAUUGUGGAGAUGUCCACAAUUACAUUCUGUACAUUCUUUUGCGCCCAUAAUGGCAAAUAUUUUAUUUUACAGGAGUAAUAAAUUAC